GGGGGUGGGGAGCCGGAGGACCUGCAGGAGCCUCACUCUUGAGGAAGAUUAAUCAUUUGUGAGCCCCACCGAGAACAGAGAGGAUGGCCUCGAAGCCCGAGAAGAGGGUUGCCUCGUCUGUCUUCAUCACGCUGGCACCGCCGCGUCGAGAUGAGGCUGUGGCUGCGGAAGUGCGGCGGGUGGCUUGCGAGGCCCGGCCCGGCCCCUCCCGGGGGCCUCCCGCUCCCACCGAGGCUACCGGCCCUCGGCCCCCGCCUGCCCCAGGCCCCCCAGCGGUUCCACCUCAGCUCUCCAACGGAGGGUGUUCUCCCCCCCCACCGCCCCUGGAUGGCGAGGACUCACUCCAGGACCUGGACCUCCUCCCACCUCCGCCGCCGUCCCCGGAUGAGGAGCCCCCUGCCUCGAUGGGGGCCUCCCUCAUUUCGGACUUAGAGCAGCUGCACCUGCCCCCACCCCCGCCACCACUGCAGUCCCUGGAAGAGAGGCCGCCCCUCCAGCCGUGGCCCAGUCCUCCCGGCCCUGCACAGGAAGAGCUGCCGCCUCUCCCCGAAGACCCUGCUGGCUUCCACGAGAGAGAGGUGUCCACAGACGUCUGUGCCUUCUGCCAUAAGCCCGUGUCCCCCCGAGAGCUGGCCGUGGAAGCCAUGAAGAGGCAGUACCAUGCCAGGUGCUUCACAUGCCGCAUGUGCCGCCGCCAGCUGGCCGGGCAGAGCUUCUACCAGAAGGAUGGGCGCCCCCUCUGUGAAUCCUGCUACCAGGACACCCUGGAGAAGUGUGGCAAGUGUGGCCAGGUGGUCCAGGAACACAUCAUCCGGGCGCUGGGCCAGGCCUUCCACCCCGCCUGCUUCACGUGCGUCACCUGCGCCCGCUGCAUUGGCGACGAGAGCUUCGCCCUGGACAACCAGAACGAGGUGUACUGCCUGGAUGACUUCUAUAGGAAAUUCGCCCCCGUGUGCAGCAUCUGUGAGAACCCCAUCAUCCCCCGAGACGGGAAGGAUGCCUUCAAAAUCGAGUGCAUGGGGAGGAACUUCCAUGAAAACUGCUACCGGUGCGAGGACUGCAGGACCCUGCUGUCUGUGGAGCCCACAGACCAAGGCUGCUACCCGCUGAACAACCGUCUCUUCUGCAAGCCGUGCCACGUGGAGCGGAGUGCCGCCGGGUGCUGCUGAGGGUGCCCGCCGGGCCCUGGCCUGGGAGGGGGCGAGGGGGAGCCUUUCCUGACUCAGUUUGCCUUUCUGACCCACUUUUGCACACUUUUCCUUCUGAGCCAUGACAAGGGCCAGCCUGCAGCUCUGCCCUUCGUGUCCAGGAUGCGGGGGGCUGAGCCACCCGAGCCCCCUCCCAGCUCAGGGCUGGCGGACAGAGCCCCUCAAAGUUUUCACUCCUUCUGCCCUCUGGGCUCUGGAAGUCUUCCGUACCAUGAAUAUCACGGCCAGAGUUCCCAUCCCCUGGCCUCUAGCCCCUCUUGAGCGGUGGCCUUGACCCCCAUUUCCAUAGGUGAGUUGGGGUGAGUCUCUAGCGGACACCCUGUGCCCCUAGCAGCAACACUUGAGCUGUCCGCUAGGGGGCGCUAAGACCAGCCCUGGCUUGCCUGAAGCUGUUUGAGGAGACCGCCAAGGUCCUCCUUAAAAAGUCCCCCCUCCCUUUUUUUUUAAUUUGAGAUUUAAAUCAUGAGAAACAUUCUUUGGAUUUGGGGCAAGGUGGGGAUCUUCAUAGGAAAUGUUUCAUAAAUGUACGAGAAUCUGACCUAGUGGUGGCAGCCGUAGACUUCUCACCGGGGGGGACAUAUUCUGACAUGUCAUGGGCACCAGACCCCGGCAUGAACUUGAACAGCGGGGGCAGGAGGAGAGGGUGCUGGAUGCUGAUGUCCAAGGAUGACCGCAGCCCCUCCUCCCUGCCUCUGGAGCUCCUCCCUGGUGCGACAGUGAUUCAACAGACAUUGAUGAAGUGCCAAUCAUUUGCUGGGGGACAGGGUACCAGGAGCUCUGCGUGCUCCUCCUACAGCCUUGACUGGGGUCGUGCACACAGACCCCCACAUGCAUGCACUCCUCCAAGGGCGGUGCCAGGGCUGGCCGUUCAGCCCCCCAUUUAUCCCCCACCCCCAAGUCCGACUUGGACCCUCCGACCCAGGCUGCCUUGUGACCCCUGCUUCCUCAAGGCUGUACCUAGAAGCCUCUUCUUCCCUUUUAAGGAAAAUCACUUUGUUGCUUUGUAACGUCUAAGACAUUUUGUAGAGCACGAACAAACAAAACAAAAAGUGCUUCCCUCCCUGAGUCAUCUGGACACCCCACACGCUCCCGAGUUUCUCUGGAGAGCCCCUCAAGGGCCUCCGAGCAGAGCCCAGACUCUUGCUCAAAGCUUGGGGAGUGAGUCCCCCGACUCGGGACCCUCCCAUACCACCUCCACAAUUUUUGUCCUGAGGAUCUCCUAGUCUCUUAUUCCUUAAUAUUUUCUUUGACACACACCUCCUUUUUACUUUUACUUACUUCAAACGUUAGUCUUGUGCUAUGCAGUAUAUCCUGCAGUCACAUGUCGAUGUGCUAGUUUUUUCCUGUUACAUGUGAAAAUAAACGCGUACCUAGUAGGA